AGGCCCGCACGUUCCACAAACAUCCACGUAGGGGCAAAAAGACUCUCAACUGAAGUUUUGCUUCACUCUGCCGGUGAUUAUGAAAUGAUUAUAAAGCUGCGUAAAAUUCCCCCCAAAAUCCAAUUUCGACCAGCGUCACCGCAUUUUUGGUGAAUAGCAUUUACAGUAGUAUUUAAUCUGAUCAACCAAAACCCAUUUCUGGGAAUCAAGGUUAAAAUCCAAUCCAUAUGGCCGCUGCCGAAACAGAUUGGUCCCAGCUUCCCGGAGAACUCCUGGACCUCAUCUCCAAACACCUCCCAUCGGAGGUAGACCUCCUCCGCUUCCGUUCCGUUUGCGCCACCUGGCGAUCCUCCGUCCCUCGCCCCUCACCCUCUCCCUCUCGUUUCCCAAUCCUCCCAAACGCCGGCAUCUCCGAUACCACCUGGGGCUUCUACCUAUCCAAGCGCACCAUCUAUUGCCUGCAAAACCCCGAAACCCCCCUCACUAAAGCCUGGAUUAUCAAGCUAGAACGCGACCACCCUGAUCGGACCCACUUGCUCAAUCCCCUCACUCGAUCCCAGUUUCGACCCCUCCCACACAACUUCCCCAGAAGAUUUGAUUUCUCCAAUUUGCGCGUUCGUGAAUUGGGCUGUGAGUUCACUCUGCAGUACAUCAAUUAUCGGCCCUCCGCUAGUUCCCUCCUUGGCGAUGCUGGCAAUCUCUACAUGGAGAAGGUUGCUCUCUCUGCCAAUCGACAUGGUGAGGGAUUUGUGCUCCUGACAAUUCAUGUUUCUGGGAAAUUGGUCCUCCACAAAUCCGGUGAUACCAAAUGGACCGUCAUUCCCGAUUUGCCUUCUCCCUACGACGACGUCAUCUUUCAUCAGGGGAACUUUUAUGCCGUCGAUAACACUGGCAGACUUGUAAUGGUGGAUUUGAAUCCCGGAUCGAUUCCUGGUGUGAGUGCUGUCGCCGGCUCCAUUUUCGGUGGGGAUAAGAAGUUUCUAGUGGAGUCUUGUGGGGAUUUGGUGUUGGUUGACAUGUAUUUGAGUGUUGGGCCCGAGGAUGAUCUUGGAUACAACGAAGCCCUCGAGUUUUACGAGGAAUUUGAUUGUUUCAUGAGCGAAAGGACGGUGAAAUUUAAGGUUUUUAGGCUUGAUAGGGGUCGGGAGAGGUGGGUUGAGGUGAGUCAUUUGGGGGAUACCAUUUUGUGUUUGGGAGAUAACUGCACAUUUGCGGCUUCGGCAUCCGAGCUUAAUUUCCCUGGCAAAGGGAAUUGUAUAUUAUUUACCGAUCAGUUCUUCCAUGAUAGGGAAGAUGAUGGGGGUUCGAAGGGUAGUGGAAUUGGGGUUUUCGAUUUGGAGAGUGGUAGUAUUGGGCCCAUAACCUCUUAUGAGGGCUAUUCUGAGUUGUUUUGGCCACCACCUGCUUGGGUUUAUCCCCCUUCGGCGGUUGAAGAUUGGUUGGAAGAACUCAGCAUCUAAUUUGUUAGUGAUCUUGAGAGGGGGAUCAGCUAACCACUUGAAGGGGUACUAGAGACCGGGUUCUUCAUUUUCUUGUACAUACAAUAACGGGGUUGAUGGCUUUUAGCAUUUUUUUCUACUUCUAGUUUCAUGAUUUUUCAUAUUAAAUCCUGUACCAUUUAUGGUUCAAGGGAUUUAUUUCAUUAAUACAGGCGGCUAUUCAAGAUUGUUAUUCAUCUUAUUGAUGAUGUACUGAAUUGCCAGAUGGAAACCAUUUUGGUCCAAUUUAACUUUCUA